AUGGCGUCGUCGUCGGCGACGUGCGCCGCCUCCGCCUUCGCCAGCGCCUCCCGCAGGUCCUCUCGCUUUCGAUCGCUCUCCUUCGCCGCGGCGUUGAGCUGCUCGCCCUUCGUCGCGAGCGAGUCUCGCGACGCCGCGAGCUCGACUCUCGUCUUCUCGAGCUCCAUCACGCUCAGCCGACGCUUCGCCUUGGCGAGCUCGUCGAGCUGCGCGUCCACCGCCUUGGUCGCGUCCGCGACCGGGGAAGAUCGGUUGAACAGCCCCGGCGAUAUCCCCGGACCAGGAUGCGGCGCGCCGAAGACGAUCGGCGGCGUCGGCGCGCCGAACGUGAACGCGAACGACGGCGCGGCGAACGACGACGACGACGACGACGACGCGGCGGCGGCGGGCGCUCCGAACGCGACGGGCGGCGGCGCCUCCGCCGCGCCGCCGCCGAACGAUAACGCCGCGGGCGCGGGCGGGUCGUCGUUCGCGUCCGCGUCCGCGUCCGCGCCCGCGCCCGCGACGGUCAGCCACGAGCUCUCCGGCGACGCGUCCGCGGCGUCGACGAACAUCCGCGGCGAGCCGCCGUCCCACCGGUUCUUCGCCGCGGUGAGCGGCGUCGUGACCGGGCGCGUCCCGCGACGCGUCUCCACCCACGCCGGGGUCGCGCCGCCCGGGAUGGGAUUCGGAUUCGGAUCGACGCCGGCGCCGACCCCGACGCCACCGCGCGUCGGCUCCGGCGUCGCGUCGACCGAGGAGGACGACGGCGAUCCCGGGUCAUCCGCGGGGGGCGAGGUCGGCGAGAACGCGCCGGAGCUGGACGGGAUCUUCGACGCGCUCUCGCGCGCGACGGCGUUCGGCGUCGCGCCGGGACGGCGGGGGAAGUGCUUCUCGUGCGACCAGCCGAACCGAGCGCGGUCGGCGGAACUCUGCUCUCUCUGCGGACGACGGCGAGGCGCGGGGAGGGAGGGACGACGACGACGGUGA